AGAACACGCUCCAGGAUCUCACAACAUGGAGAGGUUCAGUCGAGUCGAGAUGUCGGUCCUGGUCCGAGUGGUUCUGCUGGUUCUGCUGGUGCUGAGCUCCAACGCAGCGCCUGCACCCGAGGAGUGUAAGAUGCCCGAGAAGGUGAAGGGAGAAGACGUACACAAGCUAAAGGGGGCGAGCUGGGUCCUGGUGGAAGCCUUCACAGAUUACCCAGCAGGAGUGAUGCUGCUGUCAGGAGCCAACAGUUCCCUGGUGGAGAUGAGCCUCAACAACGACAACAACAGCUUCCUGUUUGUGGAGAGAAACAUUGUGAACGACAAGUGUCUGACCUUCUAUGUCAACAUGUCAGUUCCUGACCCCGAGGCGUCCAACCAGACCCUCCAGCUGGCCGGUCCAGGGCUCCAGGACUUCGAUGGGGAAGUGUCUCCGUACGAUGAUGAGGGGAAAUUAAAUGUGUACCAGAGCUGUCCUCACUGUCUGCUCAUUAUCUACAGCGGAGUGUUUGAUGGCACAGCAGGGAGGAUGCUGCUCAUCUACAGGCAGGAAGGGAAACACCUGGACACGGAGGAGCUGACAGCUGCUCGCAGCGUCCACAGAGAGAUCGCAGAGUGUCUGAAGUUCAUGGUCCCAUCACAUUUCAAAUAUGACGGGAAGGCAGAGUUUUGUCUGGAGAAGAAGGACGACGAGAAAGACGCCUGAAACAAGAAGACAAAGAAAUGAUUUGAAGUUUUCUUUUUGUUUCUUUGAAUUAAACAAAGUCAACUUUUAA